AUGGCCUACUCACGACGCUCGUCAGGCUCCGAAGCCGAGUACGUGCUGAUGCCCGUGCGCAGCCAUGCGGGGAGCGAUUAUGGCCGCUCCCGCCGGGGCCGCUCACCCGAGGAGGUCGUGGUGAACAAUUUCUUGGGUGUUCCUGGGCAAGGCGGCCGACCACGGGCGUCGAGCCAAGGAGGCGGGCCGGCACCGACGAUCGUCAACAUCGGCGGUUUACCUACAACCGCGGCAGGAGAUCAUGGAACACGCAGUCGAAGCCGUCACCGCCAUCACCGCAGCAGGUCGUCGAGCUCGAGCAGCUACAGCUCGCGGUCGCGGUCGAGGUCGCGGCACCGCCGGGGCCGCGAGAGCAAAAGUAGUAGAAGACCACUAUAUGAAGACGACCGGAUUAGGAAGCCUCGGGAACUGGAUGAAGCCGACUUACCCUACCAUGUCCGACGAGACCUAGACUAUGCACGCAUACAGCGCAAGGAGGAAGAAGAGCGAAGAAUUCAAGACCGCAUCAAGCAUGACCGUGAGCUGGAGAAGAGGCGAUGGAAGUUGGAGGAGGAGGAAGAGAAUCUGCGUAGAAAGAAAGAGCGCGAGGCUGUUCUCCUGGAAGCGAAGCUCGAGGAGGAACGUAAGAAGAAGGAGGCCGAGGACUUGAGGAAGAAGAUCUUGAAAGACGAGGAAGAGCGUGUCAAGAAAGAGAAGGAAAAAAAGAAGGCCGAAGAAGAAGAAUUCGAGCGCAAAGUCAAAGAGAAGUUCAUGAAAGCUGGCUACAGCAGCGAGUACAUUGAAGAAGUACUGCACAAGAAGAAAGCCGAGCAGGCCACGCUGGCCAUCGACCUGCAGCGCCCAACAUACAUUAAAGUCAACCGCAAGUACCUGCAUCCAGAUACCCUGGACGCGUACGGUUUGCCAUGGGAGUGGGACGGGCGCGACGACGAAUACAUCAUCAUCAAGAAAUACAUCGAUAACACGCUCCAGGACGAGCUGUUCGAACACACGCGCCGGCUGAAGGAACGCAAACUGAUCACGGGCCCGUACGUCAAGGAGACCAAGGUCAUCACCAAGCUCAGCCCCAACGAGUACGUCAAGAAAGGGGGCGACAAGAUGUACGUCGUCCGAGAGAAGAGCAAGAGCCCCGCCAGGAGUCGGAGGGGGAGUUGGAUGUUUACUUAG